CGGCUUUCAUUCACGCACACUAUGAACUGACAGUCUGAAUAACUCUAACAGACGGACCUGAUACAGUGUCGUGCACGAAACAACUUAUAUUUAUUGCAAUAUUACCAAAAGCAGUGGACACCAAAUGCCCAUUUACACUUUAAAAUGUCUUACAGGUCGAAGUAUUCAGACGGUACCUCACGUUCAACUCAACCGGUGGUUGACUUCACUUCUCCCGGUUUAGCGGUGAUGGAGGUCGAACGUCUUCUGAUCUCUGGAAGAGCCGUCAACACUAACGCGGAUGAAGUCUGGCCCGGUCUUUACAUCGGCAACAUGGAUAUAGCUGAAAACUGUGCAGAGAUCAGAAGGCGUCGCUUCACUCAUGUCCUGAACUGCGCCCACAGCUCCAGACGUGGUGGCGAGAUCUAUGAUGGCAUGGGCAUCACAUACAUGAGCAUAGACGCACACGAUUCACCCACGUAUGACAUGAGUGCCAACUUUAACAAAGCUGCUGAAUUUAUACAUACAGCGCUGAAAGAGGGAGGCAAAACCCUGGUUCACUGUCAUGUUGGAGUGAGUCGAUCAGCAACUAUAGUUUUGGCAUAUCUGAUGCUGAAACAAAACAUGACGCUGGUGGAGGCAAUCCAGAAAGUAAAAGAGGGAAGAGGCGUCUUUCCCAACCGAGGCUUCCUCAGACAACUCAUUGACCUUCAUAUUAAAUUAUAUGGCUACAGACACUAGACACACAACAGCCAUGAGACACAAUGAAAAUCGAGCAGGCAGGAGAAAUAUGGAUCAAUGUGGGUUUUAAUAUUUUUGGAGCAGAAACUUUGUGCAGCUUGUUCAUUUGAAAUGUAUUUGAUCCAUCUUACUGAUUUGUAUGGUUUUGUUCAAUUCAAAUAAAUUUUAAAUGAACAUAUUAAAAUGAACAUACCUGAUGAAGUAUUAUCUCUCUUGCUUUUAUUAACUGAGUAAAGAUUAACAUACAUGGCCUUUCAUUCAAAUGCAAAUAUUCAUCAAUAUACAAUUAUAUGCAUAUAAAAAUAAAACAGAAA